AUGUCGCGGGCCGCAAAACUUUCCAAGGCGGGCCGCAUGCGGCCCGCGGGCCGCGGGUUGGCCAUCCCUGUAUUAGACAGUGGGUCGCAGGUGUCUGCGGUGACAGUGAAUUGUGUCAACCGGUUAGGUUUGACCCGUAGAAAGUGUCCUGUUGAGGUCAUCGGACUUUCCCAACAACCGGUCAAUACUGUUAAAGGUCAAACUAAUUUUAAUUUUUUUUCUGUACAAUCCGACGUUCCCGAAUUUAAAGUAACAAAUGUCAUUGUUUUACCUCGAAUUAUGUCAUCAAUGCCUAACAGGGUUUUGCCAGCUGAGAUACGAGAUCGCUAUCGGCAUCUUGUCCUUGCCGACCCCCGAUUUGAUCACCCGGCGCCAGUAGAUAUGUUGAUUGGAGGAGACUUAUAUCCGUCCGUCAUGCAAUCAAAUAGAGCUGACGUUAUACCGAGGGCUUACCAUCAGCGAUGA